CGUUGCCGACGGUACGCGCGCGGAAGUUCUGAGGCGUGGACCCAGUGGGUGUGCAGCCAAUGGGCUCCGGGCCAAGUGGUGGAAACCGUCAGUGUCCGACUCCUCCCAUUUCGGGUUCGCGUUAGGUAGGCCUGGACGUUAGAGGUCCUCCGUCCCGGCUGAAGCGAGGCGGGACUGUUUUUGCUGAGGUGAGGUCUAGUAAAUGGUGAAGUACUUCCCGGCCAGAGGGCACCUGGGGCCGUGAGGUCUCGGUGGCGUGCAGUGGGAGAGGAGUCCGACCCGCGGGGGAACCCAGCCUCGCCAACGGAGCGGGACGAGCGCAGCCCUCCGGUCUGGCGGGCGGCGUGGAAACCGCAGUCGAGCCGGUGUAACCGAGGCACGGCUGUGGUUGGCCCUCCCAACGGCUCUUUCGGCCCAGCACCCGGGAACGCGGCGGAGCUCUCGGCCGCGUGGAUCCCAGCCCUUGUCACCUCCCUUCUUUCACCCACGUGCAGUCCCGGGCUGGAGAAGGGACUGCGGGCGCACUGAGUUCUCAACCCGCAUUCCAGUCUCUUGUCACCCGAUGCACAUCUUCAUGUGAGGUGAUUCCUAAGCAGCUGGGGAUCCUGAGGCUGUAAAAGGGGCUGCGGGGAGUGGACUGCAGUCCAAAAUCCAGAAGCAGAAUUUGAUGGUUUAACCACUGACCCAUUUCACAGAAUGUUUCAUGCAUUCAUGGACCGAAAGAUGGAGUUGGUUUUUAUUUUUAAAAUGAUAUUGUCAGUGAUCUGAUACGACUAUAAGUAUUCACUUGAUGAAGAUGCAUGGACUUGUCAUUAAGUUGGACUAGUGAUCAUUUCUGAAAGUUUCUUCAACCACAAUUUCUAUUUGAAAAUUCAAGUAUCAAAGAAUAUUUGGUUUAGAGUGGUAUAAUGAUUCUCUGAGUACUGCAAAUUUCAUAGAGACCACAGUUGGAUUCCAGUUAUAUUCUACAAUCAAAGUGAUUCAGUUCUUUGAUAAAGUUAAUUUUGAAGAAUUUUGUUUGUAAACAACGCCAAAAGAUGGGAGAAAAAAAUGGUGAUGCAAAAACUUUCUGGAUGGAGCUAGAAGAUGAUGGGAAAGUGGAUUUCAUAUUUGAACAAGUGCAAAAUGUGCUGCAGUCACUGAAACAAAAGAUCAAAGAUGGAUCUGCCACAAAUAAAGAAUACAUCCAAGCAAUGAUUCUAGUGAAGGAAGCAACUAUAAAUAAUAAUUCAGCUUUGAUAAAGGAUCAUAUGUCUGUGACCCAGAAUGCACAGGAAAACAAAUCAAGUUCAUUGCCCUCUACAUCACAUGAAGACUCCUUUCCAGAAGACUAUACCUCUCUAUCUACAGAAAAUAAGGCAGUUCCCCCUCUGGAAAAUAAAGUUGCAGACUUUAGAGAAAAAGAAUCAUCUUCAAAUUUAUCUUACCAAAAGCAUGACUGCUCUGGUGCCUGUCUGAUGAAAAUGCCACUUACCUUCAAGGGAGAAAACCCUCUGCAGCUACCAAUCAAAUGCCACUUCCAAAGACGACAUGCGAAGACAAACUCUCAUUCUUCAGCACUCCACGUGAGUUAUAAAACCCCUUGUGGAAGGAGUCUACGAAACGUGGAGGAAGUUUUUCGUUACCUGCUUGAGACAGAGUGUAACUUUCUAUUUACAGAUAACUUUUCUUUCAAUACCUAUGUUCAGUUGACUCGGAAUUACCCAAAGCAAGAAGAAAUUGUUUCUGAUACGGAUAUUAGCAAUGGAGUGGAAUCGGUGCCCAUUUCUUUCUGUAAUGAAAUUGACAAUAGAAAGCUUCCACAUUUUAAGUACAGAAAGACUAUGUGUCCACGAGCAUAUUAUUUAAACAGCUUUUCCAACAUGUUUACUGAUUCAUGUGACUGUUCUGAGGGCUGCAUAGACAUAACAAAAUGUGCAUGUCUUCAACUGACAGCAAGGAAUGCCAAGACUUGCCCCUUGUCAAGUAGUAAAAUAACCACUGGAUAUAAAUAUAAAAGACUACAGAGACAGAUACCUACUGGCAUUUAUGAAUGCAGCCUGUUGUGCAAAUGUAAUCGACGAAUGUGUCAAAACCGAGUUGUCCAACAUGGACCUCAAGUGAGGCUACAAGUAUUCAAAACUGAGAAGAAGGGAUGGGGAGUACGCUGCCUAGAUGACAUUGACAGAGGGACGUUUGUUUGCAUUUAUUCAGGAAGAUUACUAAGCAGAUCUAACACUGAGAAACCUGAUGCUAUUGAUGAAAAUGGAAAAGAAGAGAAUAUUAUGAAAAAUAUGUUUUCAAAAAAGAGGAAAAUAGAAGUCACAGAUUGUGAGGUUGAAGUUAUCCCAUUAGAAUUGGAGACAUAUCCUAGAAGUGCUGUGACUGAGGAGUGUCCCCCUAAGCUCCAUAAUAAUCCCAAAGAGCCUAUUAUAGAAAUGAAAUGUAACAGUAUUUCAAGAAUUCAGUAUCAUUCAGUCAUUAGAAGUCCUAAAACCAAGAUGGCCAGUAUUCAACACAACGGGAAAAAGAUGGGAUUUACUUCCUCAGAGUCUGUCACCUCAGAAGAUAAUGGUGGAUUUAAACCAACUCAAGUACAUCUGAACUCUAAAGCCAAGGAAAUGAGAGAGGACUCAAGCUCAAACCAAGUUGAAGAUUCUGAAGACAACCCUGUGAUUGAAUCAGAUGUGAUAGAUAUAACUACAUGUAGAGAAGAAACUCCACCAGGGGGCAGAUGUCACCAAACAGUCACACUGGAUGAUCAGAAUGAGAUUCAAAUACAAAAGCCCCAAGAGGAAAAACCUCCAGCAUGUCAAAACCAGCAGGUCUUUUGUGAUAAAGAGUUACCAAGUGAAACCAAGAAUGCUUCAUCUGAUUCUCUAAAGAAGUUCAAUGAAGGGAAUGUGUUUUUAUUGGAUGCCACAAAAGAAGGAAAUGUGGGCCGCUUCCUUAAUCAUAGUUGUUGCCCAAAUCUUUUGGUACAGAAUGUUUUUGUAGAAACACAUGACAGAAAUUUUCCAUUGGUGGCGUUCUUCACUAACAGGUAUGUGAAAGCAAGAACAGAACUAACAUGGGAUUAUGGUUAUGAAGCUGGGACUAUGCCUGAAAAAGAAAUAUUCUGCCAAUGUGGGGCUAAUAAGUGUAGGAAAAAAAUAUUAUAAAUCUGUAGCUAGUGCCUGUUCAUGAAAUUAGCUUAUCAAGCUGAAAUUAGAGCCAUGCAAAAGAAACCCCAGUGGUCAGUGGAAUUAAUUUAGGUUAUGAUCCAUCAAGAGAAUUCCUCUCAGUUUACCCUUGUUGGGGGGUCCAUUUGCAUUACUUAGAAAUGCUAGGAACAAAAUAAGGACAUUUUCACAUGCAUAGGGUAUCUAUUCUUACUGCUGUUCAACUGUACAUGAGUAGGAUGGAAGUGUAUAUUUUAUAUGAAAUACUGCUAUAUAAUUUGUAACUUAUUUGUAAAUUAUAUAUUAAGAAAGACAA